GAAACCAACAACUUAACCACCCAGUCAGGAAAGAGAGUUCCGCAUCUCCACCACUACUUAAAAAAACAUACACGGGCUACGAUGCGGACACUUAUCCCAAGCUCUCCAGCACCGCUUUGCAACUUGAGAGAGAGAGAGGUUUGCAGCACAACCACAUUUAAAAUAUGUACAGAUACAGUAGAUAGCAGCUCGCCCUGUCUGGUUGUGAAUGAUGGAGUUUACUUGCAGGAACCCGGCAUAUGGAGGAAUUAAGCCGACUUGACUGAGUGCACCGCAGUUGUUUCAGGAGAACUGGGCCAGCGGACAAGAGGAGGCUCAUGCGCGGUACAAACUUUUUGUUUUCAGAUAUCCCAGGGGGCCGCAGUCAUAAAGCUGAUCAGAGCUGUCUCCACAUCGCCUCUGACUCAGAGGAUACAAAGAAAAGAAACUCUGAAGCAGGUCCAGUUUCCAGAUCCACUGCAACGCCGCACCAUGUUCCUGAAGGACCACAACAGGUUUGUCUAAAGAGAACGGGCUGUGCCUGAUCUCUGUCGUCGUGUGGGGCUGAGGACAGGCAGAACACGCAUGUCCACUGGGGGAUACUACAGGGAGAAUGACAGCAUUGUUUAUCAGCUUCCAAAACAUACCAAGGAAAAACAAAGUUAUCAGGGUUGAGCAUUGCCAGCGGUUAAAGCAGUGACCGGACUAGCACGCAAGUCUCACUCCAUGUUCCUGGCAAACACACUAAUAAACACCGGGUUCGUUUGGGGUUAUAAGACUUGGCAUGAGCGAAGGGAAGCAGAACAAGAUGGUUUUGUGUGAGACGAAGAUGAAGGUGCUUCGCUAUGUGGACCCCCCGGAUGGAGGCUGGGGCUGGAUGAUCGUGGUGCACUGCUUUCUGGUCAAUGUCCUGGUGAUGGGCAGUCUGAAGACCUUUGGGAUCUUCUUCGUGGCUUUCCAGGACGCGUUCGGGGGCUCCUCCGAGCAGAUCAGCUGGGUCGGCUCCAUCAUGUCCUGCCUGCGCCUCUCCGCCGGACCUCUUGCCUCGGUGGCUUGUGGGAAGCUGGGGUACCGCUGGGCCUCAAUCGUGGGGGCUCUCCUGGUCAGUACCGGUUUCCUCCUGAGCCUCCUGGCUACCAGCAUUGUGUUCCUCUGCGUCAGCAUGGGGGUUAUAGUAGGCAUCGGCUUCUCUUUCUUGUAUCAGGCCUCCUCUGUCAUGACGGCGCGGUACUUCAAAAAGAGGCUGGCGACGGCCUAUGCUAUCGGCCGCUCUGGAAUGGGCCUGACCUUUGCCCUGGCACCGUUCACCCAGCUGCUUUUGGAGCAGUACGGUUGGCAAGGAGCUUUGCUGAUCCUGAGUGCUCUCAUGCUCAACCUAGUUGCCACGGCGAUGCUGCUGCGGCCAAUCAAUCUCAAGGGGAGUGAACCCUGGAGCCCACCUCCCCCGUCUAUUCAGAAAGACAUUCCCAGUGAAUACAAGGGACUGGUCAAAGAUCAGGUCCACUUUCAGAACUGCCUCAACAGGGGCGGCGUUGUAAAGAAUGGCAGCGCCUCCCACAGUACCACCUCGGGGACCAGCUGGGUCGUCCCUGCCACGGAAAAGCCUGGGGACCCCGAACUCCCCCGGACCCCAGUGCUGAGCCCGAGUGGCAGCCCUGGGCAGGACGAGAACGUCAGCAAUAACAAUUGCAAGGCUGAAAAGAGAGACCUCGCUUCAGAAGAGAGCCAGGUGUUCCUGGGGCAGAAUGCCAAUGGAUUCCUGGCUGGGAACGCAAACCCACAGCAUCCUACGCAAGCUAGCAAGAUCUUAGACUUCUCCCUGCUGAAGGACCCCUUCUUCUGCAUCUACACCUGGUCUGUGGUGUUUAGCCAGCUUGCCUACUUCAUCCCCUACUUCCAUCUCUCUGCCAGGGCUGAGACUCUCGAUAUUGACCCCAUGGACGCCUCCUUCAUCAUCUCGGUGGCGGGUAUCACCGAGACCGUCUCCCAGCUUGUGUCCGGAUGGAUGACCGAUCGGAACGUGGUCCACAAGUACCAUUACCACAAGGCCUACCUUAUCCUCUGCGGCCUGGUCAACCUGCUGUCGCCACUGGCAACCAGCUACAGCCAGCUCAUGGUCUACGCUGUCUUCUACGCCAUCUUCUGUGGGGGCUACAUGGCCCUGCUGCUUCCAGUCCUGGUGGACCUGGUUGGGGUGCACCGGAUUGCCAGCUCGAUGGGGUUCUCCAUGUUCUUUGUGGGGCUCGGCUGUCUCACAGGACCCCCCACUGCAGGCUGGCUGUAUGAUUACACACAGACCUAUGACUGUUCCUUCUACCUGGCGGGUGCCUGCUACCUUCUCUCCUCCAUCUCCCUCUUCUUUGAGCCACUGGCACGGAGGUGGAAAGCCAAGAGAGAAACGGAGGCUGUGGCCAGGGAAACAGACUGCAAGACUAACGGCAGUUUCGUCUCAGAGGCUGCGCACAAUGGACUGGCACGGCCCUAGCAAACCGAGAGACUGAACUCUUUGGAGAACCAAGGGAGAGAGUGACCUGCCGAAUAGACCCAGUGGGAACUGGCCUAAACCAAGGGAUUUGGUGCAACGAUUAGGCCAACUAAAAGCGGUCUUUCUUUCACCCGCGCUGCAUUCGAGAGCCAUCGCUACGUUCUUCAAGAAUUUGUAAUGCAAGAAGAACAUCUUGACAAUCUGUCAUUGUUUGCUAUAAUCCAAGUUUGAGCCAAAUGCACACUUUUAUUUUUAUUUUUAAACGCUAAUGUUUGUGUUUUGGGCUCAAGGGCAACUUGCUUCUAGUUUGCUCUGAAUGAGUUGUGCUCAAACUCAUUAGCGUUU